AUGCCAUUGUCCCUCUCAGCCUUCCAUGCCGCCCAGGUGAUUGGUAUCGGUGCCACGACGUGGCUAUCUGGCAACAUCGCAUCGAUAUCCCUUUUCUCCGCCACAGCGCUCCAGCGUAGCGUCGAUCAUGACUCGAUGCCUACUGUUCUUGCCGCCAGGCAGUGGAAAUACACUCUCGAGCAGGGGAAGCCAAAUCCGCCCACGGCAGUCUUCACCGCCGCUCUGUUCGCUUUCUGCGCCUGGGCCAAGAUGCAGCAAGAGUCAUCUAACAACGGUGGCUGGCUCUAUGCCGCGGCAUCGGCCUGCACCUUUGGAAUGAUUCCAUACACAAUUAUCUGGAUAUUUCCCAUCAACUAUCGAUUGAUUGAGAUAGCGGGACAAUCGCUGAGCGAGGACGAAAACGCUUCUGCGAGUAGGGCAGAGGUCAGUCAGCUGCUCGGUCGUUGGAGAACUCUUAAUUGGAUACGAAGCGCUUUCCCUCUUGCCGCAAGUUGUCUAGCGUUAGCAGCGACCAUAUAG